AUGACCUUACUGCAGUCAGUGGAUUUCAUUCCAGCAGUUGUAGUACCACAGCAUCACAGGUGCUUAACUAAAGACUAUGAGAAGCGCCCAACGGUAUCUAGUCUUUUGCAGCAUGAUUUUAUUAGGCAGAUUGAAGGAAAGGAAAACAUGCUACAAAGACAACUUAUGGAAUUUAUUGAUGUUCAUCAACAAAUGGGAGUCACUGAAAAGGCAAGAUUUGAACGUAUUCAUACAAAGAAAGGGAACUACAGUAAGUCAGUAGUUUCAAACCAAGAAGAUGUAGAUGAUUUAGCAACCUUGGAGGUACUGGAUGAGAAUACAGUGACAGAGCAGUUGCAGAAGAGUUAUGCCAAGGAUCAGAUCUACACAUAUGUUGGGGACAUCCUCAUAGCUGUCAAUCCAUUUCGGAAUGUAGACAUUUAUUCUUCACAGCAUUCCAAACUGUAUAUUGGAGCCAAACGGACUGCCAACCCUCCUCACAUUUUUGCUGUUGCUGACAUUGGUUAUCAGUCCAUGGUGACAUACAACUCUGAUCAGUGCAUCGUUAUUUCUGGGGAAAGUGGAGCUGGCAAGACACAAAGUGCCCAUCUUCUGGUUCAGCAGCUCACUGUCCUGGGCAAGGCUAAUAACAGGACUCUACAGGAGAAAAUCCUCCAGGUGAAUAACCUUGUAGAAGCAUUUGGAAAUGCAGGCACUAUCAUCAAUGAUAACUCCAGCAGAUUUGGAAAAUAUUUGGAAAUGAAAUUUACUUGUGGUGGCACUGUAGUAGGAGCUCAGAUUUCAGAGUACCUCCUUGAAAAAUCCAGAGUUGUCCACCAGGCAGUAUAUCUGCAAAACGAUCAUUUCAGAAUAGUGCAAGACUUUAUGAACAACAGCUUUUAUAAGUCGCAGUUUGAAUUAAUUGAACAGUGCUUCAAAGUCAUAGGUUUUACUCUGGAGGCAGACGAGCUGCAAGAGGCGCUCACCUCUCACUGUGUAGUGACUCGAGGAGAAACAAUUAUUCGUCCCAAUACUGUGGAAAAAGCCACUGAUGUCAGAGAUGCCAUGGCCAAAGCUCUCUACGGGCGCCUGUUCAGCUGGAUAGUCAAUCGCAUCAACACUCUUCUCAAACCUGACAAACAUUUAAGUGGAAGUGAUGAUGGUUUGAACAUUGGAAUUCUUGAUAUCUUUGGCUUUGAGAAUUUCAAGAAGAAUUCUUUUGAACAACUCUGCAUCAACAUUGCCAAUGAACAGAUUCAGUUCUACUUCAAUCAACACGUCUUUGCCUGGGAACAGAAUGAGUACCUGUAUGAAGGUGUUGAUGCAAGAGUUAUAGAAUAUGAGGACAACAGGCCGCUCUUAGAUAUGUUCUUGCAGAAACCAAUGGGCUUAUUAUCCCUGCUUGAUGAAGAAAGUCGAUUCCCACAAGCAACAGAUCAGACACUUGUAGAAAAAUUUGAGGAUAAUUUGAAGUCAAAGUAUUUUUGGAGACCCAAAAGAGUAGAUUUAACAUUUGGGAUUUAUCAUUAUGCAGGAAAGGUUCUGUAUAAUGCAAGUGGAUUCCUGGCCAAAAAUAGAGAUACUCUGCCAGCUGAUAUUGUGCUGCUUCUGCGAUCCUCUGAAAACAAUCUGAUACGACAGUUGGUAAUGCAUCCUCUUACAAAAACAGGUAACCUGGCACACAGUAAAAGCAAAACUACAAUCAGUUACCAGAUGUGGACCCCCCAGAAAUCAAUCAGUCACACAAAGUACUCACUCAUGGAUUUGUUAUCCAAAAUGGUGGUUGGCCAGCCUCAUUUUGUCCGGUGCAUCAAGCCAAACAAUGACCGGCAGGCAAACAAGUUUGAUAAAGAAAAAGUGCUGGUUCAGCUGCGUUACACAGGAAUUCUGGAGACAGCAAGGAUUCGAAGACAGGGUUAUUCGCACCGCAUACUCUUUGCUAACUUCAUAAAACGGUAUUAUCUCAUCUGUUACAAAACAAAUGAUGAUCCUCCAGUCAGCCCAGAAACUUGUGCUGCCAUCUUGGAAAAAGCCCACCUUGACAACUGGGUUCUUGGAAAAACUAAAGUAUUUCUCAAAUACUAUCACGUGGAACAGCUGAAUUUAAUGCGCAAAGAGACAGUUGAUAGGAUUAUAUUGAUUCAAGCUUAUGUCAGAGGAUGGCUGGGCUCAAGGAGAUACAAAAAGAUAAAGGAACAAAGGGAACAAAGCGCUAUUAAAAUACAAUCAGCUUACAGGGGUUUUGUUGCUCGCAAAGAAUACCAGAAUGCAAAACAUAAUCAAAAAAUUGAAAAAUACAUCAUCAGACUUCAAGCAACAAUACAAAACUCCUCUUCUGGUUUGAAAACAGUGUUGAGACAGCUACUGUCUCAAAAGAAAGGUUUCAGCCAACUUCAAAGAGAAUCUCUUAGAAAGAAAGAAACUGAGAAUGCAGCAUCCUCUAGUGAAAAGGAAAAGGACAAAGAACUUCAAGAAAAUGAGGAACGUACAGCUAGAGUGAAGAGUGCCCUUCCUAAAACAGAAGAAGCAGCAGCUAUCGUUGUUCAAAGCAAUUACAGGGGCUACAGAGCCCGUAAAAAAAUAAAGGAAGAACGCAAAAAAAUAGCAGAGGAAGAAUUAUCUGUUGUGGAAUAUCUUGAAGCACAGCUGCAGCCAGCUGAAGAUGUUACACUGGAAGAAGCAGAGAAUGAGGAGACUCAAGGAGAAGGUGUUGAUGAUAAUGAGCACACUGGGAAUGGUGACAUAGGAAAAGUACAGGAGCAAAAGGUAAUAUCUACUAAAGAAGAGAGAGCUUCUGUGAAGCAGAGGCCUGCAGUAGAGCAUUCUGAUGAAGGUGAAGAACAGGCAUCCUCGAAGGAAUCAUCCAGCAAAGCAUCUGUCAAAAUCACAGCUGAACCUGGUCCCCAGCAGGAGCAAGCUAACCAAGACACACUCAGCGCAGGUGGGCAAAAUCAAGAAUCUGCUGUGGUCCAGCCUGAGACCAACAAGGAUAUGGAAAGAAACGAUCCAAAACAAGAAAUGAUACCUAGAGGAUGUAAAGGAAUUGUAAGAAAAGAGUCUGUAAGAGGUUCACAGAAGCAAACUGAAGCAGAACAACGAAGUUUAGAGGACAAAGAGAAAGCAGCAGUGGUUAUUCAGAGCAAUUACCGGGGUUACAGAAGGAGAGGACAACUCAGAAAAGAAGGGAAAUUACCUUGCAAAAGUCAAGAGAACACUGCAAAGGAGUCAACAGAAGCAGUACACAUUCAAAAUAAAGAUCCCCAAACAAAAAAAAGUAAGGAGAGCACUGUGACAGAGGCUGAGGGCUCUAAGACACAGAAGGGAGGAUCUGAAAAAGAGACUUGUGAUUUGGCAGCCUUUUCACGGCAGAUAUCAAAAUUAUCUGAAGACUACUUAGCAUUGCAGCAAAAAUUAAAUGAAAUGAUAUUGUCACAUCAGCUGAGACCUGUGAUGAUGUCCAAAGAUAAGCAAACUAACAACCAACAUUCUUCUCAUGUUUGUCAGUCAGUGACAGCCAAAGUAGAAGACACUCGCCCCCUGAAAAGACCCCCAAGGAGGCCGCGGAAGCCCAAGACAUUAAAUAACCCUGAAGACUCCACCUACUACACUUUAAUACAUAAAUCAAUACAAGAUGAAAAACGGAAACCAAGAAAAGAAAGUCUGGGCAAGGUGCUAGAUUUAGAUAUCUACUACCAUGAAAUUUCAUCUACUGGUUCCACCUCAAAGGACAGCAGCUCUACCACAAAAAGGAAGAGACAUCCCGUCGAGCGCAGAACUUCAACUUUAAGAACUACUGAGAGGUCAAGGGUUGCGGAGAGCUCCCUGGAAGAAAGCAAAGCAGAAGAUAAUCCCUAUGACUACCGGAGGCUGCUGCGGAAGACCUCGCAGCGCCGGCGCCUUAUCCAGCAGUUCUAG